AUGUCUGCCAUCGCCGCUCUCCGCAACGUCACCCGCGUUGGCCCUGCCAGGCUCGCUGCCGGAAUGCGCGUUUCAAUGGUGUCUACAAUGGUUCGCCCAAUGUCGAAGAUGACCGUGGCCAAAGUGGCGGGAGCUAGAGCUUUUUCAGCUACCUCUGGACGCCUUGGAAGUGGCUCGUCCGACCUUGCUCUUUCGCAAAAGCUACAGGAAGAGCUCAAGUACGAACAAGAGGCCCUUGCAGAGCAGGCAGACGUCACCCCCGAGUUCUUGAAAUCUUUCCUCGAGCAGGGUGUUUGGUCGAUUGACGAUGUCCGUGGCAAUGACGAAGUGACUAUGUUCCGAAAGUUCGGUGAUGAGAACCUCCGCCUAAUGUUCUCCAUCGCAGACAUUGCUCCAGAAGAGAACUUUGAUAUGGAAGGUGAGAGUGAGGAGGACCAAACACCCAUUCCCGCCAUUCGGGUGUCUCUAUCCAUCACUAAGAACAACGGUCCUGGAGCUAUGAACGUCGACCUGAUUUGUGAGGACACCCAUAUGACCGUUGAGAACAUCUCAUUCUAUGAUGAUGCCAAACUGGGUACCGAGCUUACCGCGGAGGCUGACUGGAACCGUCGUGGCCUCUAUAUUGGUCCUCAGUUCGAGACCCUCGAUGUUGGCGUGCAAGACGAGUUUGAGAAGUAUCUCCAGGAGCGUGGUAUCAACGAAUCUCUGGCUACCUUCAUCCCUGAAUAUGCCGCCCACAAAGAGCAGCAAGAAUACGUCAAGUGGUUGGGUAAGGUCAAGAACUUCAUCGACCUCUAA